UCGGCCGCCAUUUUGGUACGAAAUUGCCCGCGAUCAGUCGGGAGUUUAAGAACACACUUUCCACCAAUGUAAACAAAUGGAUUUCUUCCUCUCAUCAAACCUUUACCGCAAUGAUACUGCAAUAGUGCAAAUAUAUACUCAAUGUACCAGCAUUAACUCCUUUUUUGCUACAAAUAAAGUACGGGGGAAAAUUUCACUAAAAAUAUUACAUAAUUCAAUACAUAGGCGACAAUGACGAUCCAAGCAGAAUCAUCAGACUCAGCGACGGCGGGAGGCGCGAAAUACUCACGAUUUCUCGUUUGUUUGCUUGUUUUUGGCCUGAGAUCUGGCUGAAGUAAGGUUAGGUUGUCCACCGGUGGAGCUGUGAUCGGAGAAAUGACCGAUCACUCCGAUCACUGAUCGGUGGUACCAAAUCCACCGGUCGUACUUCCACCGGUCGUGACGUCAGCACCGACGGAUCAAUUAACGAACACAGUUUGGUGAUCGGCGGUACCACCGAUCAAAAAAAGAAAACCCCUCUGGUGACUUAUACAGCGUUUUAUGUUUUGUUUAUUGUUUGUGUGUGAUAAGGGAAGUCUACAAAAUAAUUAAAAUUUCUCUCCGAUUUAAAAUUACCUCUGUUCUUUAAUUUUUACUACAAUUCAAUCUAAGAUUUUCAAGCACUACAGCUAAAAAAAGUUAGUCAACAAGUCAUGAUUGCUCCCCAUACAUUGCCUCGUAGUCAGUGAUCUCAACUUCAACCAUUCCAACUAAGUAAUUCCAACAACUCAAAUUCUUUAAGUGCAAUUUUACAGACUAUCCACAAAUAGUCGAACAUUUUUCGGUGUGGAUCCGCCAGGUAUAUUUUCACUUUAAACCCAGAAGCUUGAAGCAAGUCCAUCCUCCUAAGAUUCAAUUAUGGAGAAUUCGCUAGAAGCAGCAGCGCAGCACAUACUUACUCAUGGUGAUGUUACAGGCUGUCUGUUUGCUGACAAACAUGGACUGUGCUUAUGUGCCGCAGGAGAUGCCAAGCCCGAGAGUAGUGGACUUAUCUCAGCUAUUGCUCAUCAUGUCCGUCGUCUUGAACCAAAAUCAAAUCCACCCACUAUUCUGCUAGAAAAUGAUACUCAGAAGUGCAUCAUCAAACAAGACACCAAGAUAACAACAGCAAUUUUCAGGAAGAAGAACAGCAAUGAGUCAUAGCGCAAGAGUGUUCUCUGUAUUUUGUAAAUAUGCAUUUUGCCAUUAGCUCAACAGCUGUACGCCCCUUCCUCAAAAUUUGGCACUUUGUCCCAAUACAUUAAAUGGACACUGGUGACUGUAAGCCAUUUAUUUUCUCUCCAUAAUUCUAUCAAAAACCAAUUUUUCAAAGAAAGACUUGAAAUUUUUAAAACCAGCCAUCUUCAAGGUUACAAUUGUUGACAAGUAAUUGAUUGUAGUACAUGUGAAUGGUCCCGCUCAAGUCAAGGAUUAAAAUUUUAAAAACUAAAAAAAUGGACGAAAAUUUAACUUACUUGCACUGUACACAUAAUCAUAAGUAUAGUACAAGUUAGUUAAAUUUUCGUCCAUUUUUUGGUUUUUUAAAAUUGUUAGUAAUUAAUGUUAGCUGAAGGCAAAUCAAUCGGUAACUUGAUUAAUUUAUCCAUGUACAUAUUGAGCACUUGUCAACACAUUCAUGAGGAUUUCAUGUCUCCAAUUAUCACUGUGAAUUCUAUUUGUGUAUCAGUUAAUUUUUAAGAGAUACCAAGGCUCUUAUGGCAUGUACAUUGAUUCAUGCUCAGUCCAUCAGAUGAUUUUA